AUGCUGGUCACGCUUCUGCACAAUUUGGUCUCGGACGAAUUGGCCGAUUUGUUUGUAGACAAACGACUGGCCCAGGCUCUGGUACCGUCUCAGAUCCACCUACCGGCCAUGCCGAUCUUCUUCUCACCCUUCGAACUGACGGUCGAUCCGGUUGCCGGGGCGGAGCACGAGUGUGUCGGUUUGGAGGUGUCGUGGCGGCGGUCUGUGAAUGCGUGUGUGCGCCGGAUUUUGCUGCUUUUGCGGUCGGCUCGUCUUCUGGUGCCCUGCGCCGCUUGGUACGUCGGUGAGUUGGUCGGUCUGCAGGAGCCAGGCCGCGAUUGGGCUGCCUCGACGUUAGUAGAUCUCGUGCCCGAUGGAGUCCACGAGGCGGAUGUGGUGUCCGAGGCCUGGCGAGCCGACAAACUGCACGUGGACAGUGUUAAAGCGGACUUUCGGCUGCUCUGUGCUUGUCUCUAUGCCGUCGACUUGCGGGACCGGGUCUCCUUGAGUCUGAGCCGACGCGGAGGGCGUGGAACCGUCGACUCUGAGUCCGUCGAGGCAGACGUUACGUCGACCGCAGCCGGCGUCUACUCGCUGACGAGCCUCGAACUUCUCGUGAAACUCAUCCACUUUGCGGCCGCCCCACCUGAUGGCCUCUUCUCUUGUCACAUAUUUAUAGUGUUGAUUCGAUCUUGUUUGCGCAGCUUGAUCGGAGCAUCAGCCAGACCUUGUGGAGCGUACCUGGUCCCGUAUCCUCUGGCGUCCGGUAAUCGUGAUUUUCAGCCUUUGACCAUUCACUUGCUUUUCUUCAUCGCUCCUAAUCCGGUCUGGUUAACUUGUCCCCUACAGACUCUUCCACCGGACGCCAGACUGGUCGACCAGCUCAUCGAGUUGCACAUUCUGCCGCUGCGAACUCGUUCGUCGGCGCGUUUCCGUGGCGCACACGACGGCGCCCCUAACGACCACGUGAGCCACAGGCCGUCUGCAGGCUCCAAUCGUUUCCACGCUCCAGUCGUCCAACCGGCCACGGCCUGGCGGUUGCGUCAGCUGCUCAAGGCCUGGCAACCGGUCCGACUGAGUCGGGAACCGCAGCGGUUCGAGACCCUGGUCACCUACAUGGACCGCCGGCUCGCCGAGACAUCGGUUGCCGGAGCCCUCGGAGCGGGACUCGGCUGGUUUGUCCGCCCAAGUGGGCACAACCAAUCGGCGCCAGGCCACCAAGUCCACGAGGUACAGUCGGACUUUUCGGUCGUCUGGUUGAAGGAGUUUUUCACCCUUGUCCUGCCUGUAGACCCGGCGCUGCCGCGGUCCAGUCUGCUGGAUCCCGUCGGUCAGAGUCCCUCGAUCCGGGCGGUGGCCUCGGUGGAGCCCAGCUCUGUCGUGCACAGACGUGCGGUGGAGCGAGCCAGUUUCGUCAAACGAGUUCUCUCGGUUGGCACAGCUUUCACCAGAACGAAGAUUGUGAUUGGAAACUCGAGUCAGUCUCAUUCAUUUAAGCUAGUUGGAGUUCCAAUUGGAGUUGCAUUCAAUUUCGCUUUCACUCUUCUCAUUUCAUCUCAUUCUCUUUCGGCUCAUCUACACUUUCGACUUCACUUCGGUCUGAUCGGUAGCUUGUUGUCUUUGCUUCGGCACUCCGCCGCAUUGUAUCAAGUAACCAUGGCCAUUGGGGGAUUGCCGAUGAGGCAGACUUUUGAGUUAUUUUCGAUU